GGGGGCGGUGCUCAGAGGCCCGGGCUGCGCGGUCCGCCGCUGCCGCCGCCCGUCCUCGCGGACCGAGCCGUGACACCAUGCCACAAGAAGAGUGACCUCUUGCUCUGUUUUCACCAUGGAGGACUCGGGAAAGACUUUCAGCUCUGAGGAGGAAGAAGCUAACUACUGGAAAGAUCUGGCUAUGACUUACAAGCAGAGGGCAGAGAACACGCAAGAGGAGCUCCGAGAAUUCCAGGAGGGAAGCCGCGAAUAUGAAGCUGAGUUGGAGACGCAGCUGCAACAGAUUGAAACCAGGAACAGGGACCUCCUGUCGGAAAAUAACCGCCUUCGCAUGGAGCUGGAAACCAUCAAGGAGAAGUUUGAAACGCAGCACUCAGAAGGCUACCGGCAGAUCUCAGCCUUGGAGGAUGACCUUGCUCAGACCAAAGCAAUUAAGGAUCAACUUCAGAAAUACAUCAGAGAGCUGGAGCAAGCAAAUGAUGACUUGGAAAGAGCAAAACGGGCCACAAUCAUGUCUCUGGAAGACUUUGAGCAGCGUUUGAAUCAAGCCAUUGAAAGAAAUGCCUUCCUGGAGAGUGAACUUGAUGAGAAGGAGAAUCUCCUAGAAUCUGUUCAGCGACUGAAGGAUGAAGCCAGAGAUUUGCGGCAGGAGUUGGCUGUGCAGCAGAAGCAGGAGAAGCCCAGGACCCCCAUGCCCAGCUCGGUGGAGGCCGAAAGGACAGACACAGCAGUGCAGGCCACCGGCUCUGUGCCAUCCACACCCAUAGCUCAUCGGGGACCCAGUGCUAGCUUAAACACACCAGGGACAUUCAGACGUGGUCUGGAUGACUCCACGGGUGGGACCCCCCUCACUCCUGCAGCGCGGAUAUCGGCCCUCAACAUCGUGGGAGACCUGCUUCGGAAAGUAGGGGCACUGGAGUCCAAGCUGGCAUCCUGCCGGAACUUCGUGUAUGAUCAGUCCCCAAACCGAACGAGUGGCCCAGCCUCGGGGCGGGGGAGCAAACACAGAGAUGGUGGUGAGAGACAGCCAAGCAGCUCUGGCGUGCCUCUGGGUGACAAAGGGUUGGGAAAACGCCUGGAAUUUGGGAAGCCGCCUUCAAAUAUUUCCGCACCGUCGCUGCCGUCAGCCCAGGGUGUAGUCAAGAUGUUGCUUUAGGAAAUCCACGGAAGCUGAAGCCCCGUUUGUCAUAAGCUGCUGCCUUCUCUUCGUACUGCUGGGUGAGGCCUUCGAUUUCCUUCUGGAACUUCUUCUUGCCCUCUUCCAAGGCUUCCACGGUGCUGGCAAAGUCCUGCAACUUCUUCUUCGAAUCGGAGAGCUAAAAUGGCAGUGUCCGGGGUCCCAUAAGAGGAGGGCAUUGGCUGAUUCCCGUCCCUGAUCCCACCCUGGGAAGAGGCCACCUUCUCUGCGUUGCAGAAAUUCAACAGCAGGGGGAGCCAGUGAGCCAAGCAAAAUGGCUCCAGCACACCACCACGGCCCAAUCGAGCUCCUGAUCUCCCCCCAAGGCUCAGUCCUAGAAAAGCAAGGACACACAGCCAGCACCUGGAUGUUCAGAGUUGAGAUGUGACGCUCCAGGUUCUGCUUGGCUUCCAUCUCCUCGUCCAGCUGGUCCUGUAGGCUGUUCCUCUCAUCCUCCAGCUGGCGCAACUUGGUGGACACAUUGAGCUUCUGCCGGGUUUCUUCUUGAAGCAGCUCCUAUGGAAGGACACGUGGAAGUCCCAGGGACCCAUGCCCGGGAAGUUCAUACCCCGGGUCCCUCUGGAUGAUGUGGCCGAAUACCCACCUGGGUGUCCUGGAGCUGGGACCCAAGGGACGCCACGUCCUUGGCCAAUUUUAUGGCCUUCCCCUCCGCCUCGUUGAGCAUCCCCGUGACACUCUCCACUUCAUUCUGAGGAUGCCAAGAGACUGUGGUUAGAACCUCCAGAACGGGAUCCCUGUUAAGUAAGAGAAGCCCUCUCUACUCACACGAUAGGUCGUGUGGUAUCUGCCGAUUGAGAAAUACCCACGAGCUAUGGGGCCUGAUCACGGUAGCUCCAUGGCUGCCAAGGGGAGUGAAUCGCCUGCAAGUUGGGAUGCCUGGUUCUAAGAACCUCUUAGAGCCCCAAACUGUAUUGACUGGGUCCUAAUCUCACUCAAUGGAUCCUAGAUCCUGGAUCCUUGCCAAGGUUGGCAAAAAAUGAAACCGGUUUGAGUCUAGACAGAGCUGCUCUGGACUCGUCUGCUCCCUAAAGUUGGAGAAGAGGAUACAGAUGGCACCUCCACUUCCAAGGGCCCUUUUCCCACCACCCUCUUCCUCACCCCUACUCUUGGCCUUUUCAUGGGUCCUUAUGGCCAAAACCAGAGAUGCAGGAGCAGGUCCUUUUGGAGAUACCAUCCCACUGUCCAUUCUCUUCCCACUUACAAUGAGGAUAUAAAUGAUCUUGACUCUGCUCCUCUAGGACAUUGCUUAUGUUAUGAGAGCAGAACCCCUGCUCUCCCCUGCAUGUGGGGGAAAAAAAUCAUAUUUAAUGCUUCCCCUGCUCCCUUGCCCCAGGAUAUAAGCACAUUAAAUAUUUAUCGAAGGUCUGCCUGUAUCGCAUGAAUGGAAGUCAGACCAAACGUCUAGUCAAAGCUAAAUAAGACCAAAGACAAACAGACUUUGUCAUUGCUCAGCUUAAAACCUAUCAAUGGCUUCUUGUCACUCAAAGACGAAUGUACAUAUAAUGGGACCUCGAAGGCCCUGUGUCACUCGGCCAUGACCUACCUCUCUAGUCCCACGUUACACCACAUUUCCCCUUCCAGCUCAGCAUUCUAGCUCAACUUCUGUGACCUCUUCUAAUUUCCCACCUACCCCUGGGCCCUUGCACAUGCUGCUCCCUCUGCGUCCUAGCCUUCUACUUAUCUCAGACUAUACCUCCUUCUUAGGGAAGCCUUUCCCAAUUCCUCCUCCUACAGGCCAGGCCCCUUGUUACUUACACUUACUGCAUCAUUUUACAUUCAUUCAUGGGAUUAGAAACGCCUUUCCCUCCACUGGGUCAGAGUUCUAUUGGGGCAGGCGCCAUGUCUUUCUAGCCGCUGUAUCUCAGCAUUAAACAUGACGCCCGGCCUACAGCAAAUACUCAAAUGUUUGCUGAAUGAGCAGAUGAAGGUUUCUACAGAUCGAAUGGAAGAGAGAGUCCAUCUCCUCUCCUUGAGGAGUGGAACAAGAGGAAACCAGCUUGCUUUGCAGCAAGAGAGACUUCAGUUAGCUGGGAAAAGCUUCAUCCCCCUGCAGAGCUGGGACCAAGGGAUGCCUGCGGUGCCGCCGACUCACCUGCAGCUUGUGGACCUUGUCGUUGAGCUCGGCCCGGGCCCGCUCCCCAUCGAUGCACUUGGACUGCAGUUCCUGCAGCUGCACCUCCAGCUUCUUCUUCUUGUGCUCUACCUCCUGCUUGGCCUGGUUCAGGACCCGCAGCUCACCGGCCAGGUCGGCGUUCUCCUUCUCCAGCGUCUGCUUGUUCUUGUCUAGAUUGGCCUUGGCCUGGCCAGGUACACAGAGGGGAGGGAAGGCAUUAGAGCUCGGGCCAGGAACGCAUUUUAAGAUCGGAACCUCUAUCCCUUGGGGCAUCUUCCUCUUUCCCUUUCCCUCUGCCAGUCAGGAGGGUUCUAAGGACCUGUGCUUGUCGCCUCAGGGGAGGGAUGCGGUGAGGUGGGGGACACGCGGUCACUGUAAGACUUUCUGUAUUCUGUUUUUCUAAAGCUCAAAGGUUGCAAACGAGCAUUCCAUGAGUUACAUCCAACUUAUUGUCAUGUCCUGGUUGACCUAGUCUUAGUUGCCAACAUUUUAAUAAAGAAAUGUCACGUAAAUCUGGAUUCCAGGGGCACCUGGGUGGCUCAGUCUGUUCAGCGUCUGCC